AGCGGUUGAGAGUAGGAAGUUAGGUGUUGCAUGUUGUGUUUCGAUUAUUUAAUUGUCGUGUAAAUAUCAGCAGUGCCCCGAAAGAGAAAUCAGGUUCGUGUUUGGCACGAAACUGUGACAUUGGGUGCAUUGUGAAGGAAAAUGUCUAUGUGUUCACCUGAUCAGAAUUUACAUACACCAUAUAAAUUAAGUGGGAAAAAAAUGAGGAAAAGUUUGAGCUUCUCGUUUAUGUCAAAGUUUGGUUCAAGGAAGUGGAGAGCAAACAACCUUCAGUUGGCACGAGAAAAUGCCAGAUUAAAGAAAGCUAUACAAAAAUGGACCCGCCUUCACGUAGAGAAUUCUCUUAGAUACAAUGUUUUGGAAAUGUCAUGGAGGCAUCGUGGGGAAACACUUUCCAAAAUUGGCAUAAUGUCACGCAUGGUUGGAAAUCAGAUUCGGGAAUUGAUGAAUUCCAUAGCUGAAAUACAGUCUGCAUGUCAGGAAGAACUGUCAGUACCAGUUGGAGGAGGAGCAAGUGAUAAUGCAGAGCUCAUUUCUUGCCGUAGACAUACCGUGCCAAAUAUGAAAAUUGGAAAAAUGAGAAAAUCGCAUGAUGUGUCACGACUGUCUCCCAAGUCUCAACUGGUAAAUCAUGUAAACCCAAUGGUUAGUGGGCAUCCUAUUAUAAAACCGACCAUUACGCUUCAGCGUCUCAACCUGCAAAAUGUUCCAUCAAGUUCUCCAGUGGAACAGAUACACUCUCCAUUGCCAGAAUUAGAUGAAGAUCACAUUGAAGAAGUGGAUCUCACUAGAACAGCAGAAAACUCCACGGAUUCUUCUCCUCCACCUUCCGAUAAUUCAGAUGAAGAGGAUUGUGUUGAAAUCCCUGUCAAUCCAAGUACGGGAAGAAUGUUGGCCUCUUCCUCUCCUCUGACAUACCAUGAUAUUGUACUUCCAGUUGCUGAAGUUCCUUUGGAACGCCUCAGAAUCUCAGACAGACACAAGAAGGCAGAAGAGAAAAACAUGUCUCGAGGAUUAAUUGUGCAGGAUAACGAGGCAGCAUCACUAAGCAGUCAUGUGAGUGCCACAUCCCGACACAGUUCAGUAGCUUCCCUAUCUGAACACAGUAACAGAGUGACAGAAAUCUGCACCAACACAUCGUCAGGAGGGACUGGUCCCCUUAAUGUCGAAUACUGUGUUUCCAAAGACAGUACACCUAUGGCUGUUAUAACUGAGUAUGCACUUAGAACACUUGAUGUAACACCUUCCACUGCAGUGCCUAACCAGCAGUCAAGUAACAGUAGUGUAAGAAAGUAUGCACCAUCUUCUCGUGCUAAAACUCCAGCAUCCUUUGAGGUACAGAAGAGUCAGGUGAAUGGUGUCAGUGAUAAAUAUCGUUUAGUUGUUGCCUUACAUGAUGUGAGCGGUUAUCUUCACAAUGGAACACUGACCAGCAUUGAACAGCUGAAAGAAAGGAACGUGAAGGCUGAUGCUGGUCCCAAGCCAGAGGAGCAUAAAAUUGAGAAUGGACAUAAAGACUUGGAACUCAGUAUGUCGGACACAACAGAAAACCAAACACAGCUCAACUUCACGGCUGAAAUUGGCACUUUGGAUUACAGUUCUGUGCUCUUAAAUGAUUGCAAUGUGGAAGAAAAGCGUCUGUCAGCAAAAGAAGAUUUCUUAAACAGAAUCCAGAAUGAGGAUCCUCUGGAGGGACCUAGCUGGCAUUACCAAAGUGUUGUGUCUCCUACAAGAAGGAAAAGGAAAAAUUCAAAACCUUUGCAUUCAUCUCAGUCCAACAAAAAGGGAAACUCUGGAAGUCAAUGGAAUGCCACGUAUGCUACACCAAAGAAAGAAAUUUCAGGCAGAUUUCAGCAUCAGCAAGCAAAAAACAACCUUCAAGAUCCACAAGCAGAAACGGGAACUAUAGAAAGUGAUAAGACUGAUGAUGAAGACAUGGAUAUCACAGAGUGUAUGCCUUUGUAUAAUGUUACGAGCAGUACAUCCUCAAGCAAUAUGGGGAAGGAAAUGAACACUCACACAGCUGGUUGUUCCGAUAUUUGUAAGAUGCAGUCAGAGUCUAUGGAGCUGUGUGGAGGAGUUGUUACUCUGCCUUAUACAAAAAAGCCAAGGAUGAAGCAUAAUAAUGACACUUCAGGCGUAUCAGAAUCGGAGGAGGAAUGGAAGCCAAGGAAGAAUGCCAGGAAGAACCAAAGUCGAAAUAAGGCUCACUCUGGAAGAACAAAUUCCAAAAGUUUAUCAAGAAGUAUGAAAACAGGGUCAAAAGCAGUUUCUAAGGAGGCAGCAAUUGAUAGAGAACAGUCAGUUGCACACAGAGAGCCAUUAAGUACGCCCCAAAGCAGGAUGACUUCACCCCUGCUGGAGUACGUAAGGAGUGAGACAGAAAAAGGAAAUGUUGGUAAUCCCCAUGGUCGUACCAAGAGAAGAGCAGCUCCAACAAAUCUAAAGGAAGCAUCUCUGAUGACAAAAAUGCGCCGAGAUACGUGUUGAGUGUUUGAAUGUUCAAGAGAUAUAUACAGUAUAUAUCAGUCUAUAGUGCAUGAGAGGAUAAGUGCACACAGAUGUUUAUAUAAUGCAGGGUGCAAGACAAAUUUUGAUUCUUAAUGCCAGGUGAAGUUAUCUGAAGUUUUCCUACAUUUCCAGUUUAUUUAUUAACUUGAGUCUUUUUUUUUUAAUUAAAUCUGUAUUUCAACUUUGUCUGUUUUGUAAAAUUAAAUGUAUAUUUCAACUUCAUCUAUUUUUAAAAUUCAUCAUGUAUAUCAGCAAUAUCUGUUUUGUCAAUCCAUACAUAAUGGCUGACAGUAUUCUAUCUAAAAUAAUAUAUUACAUUUACACUUCCCUGUUUAUCUUGUAUACAACACUACCUUCUUUGUUGCUUUUUUUUUCCUGAUAUAUUUAAUAUGAUAAGCUCUUGUGAUGGAGAGAAAAAUCAAUGAAAGAAUUGUUCUUGACAUGGCAUCUCUGUGUAUGUGCACCUCACUAGCAUCUGGAUGGUUAGGUGGGUUUUAUUCAUAUUCCAUAUUUGAGAGUUUUUCCAUCUAGAUCCAUGCCCAGUGAAUA